GGCUCCAUUCCCGCUCCCUCCGUGGGCUUCGACGGGUCCGGGGAACGGGGGAGGAGGAGGAGGGAGGGAGGAAGAGGCGGAGCGGCAGGAGGGAGCGGGAGGAGACAACGAGCGGAGGAACCGCGCGGCUCCAGCGCUCCCUGAACUCGCAGCCCCCCGGACCGCCCCCAUCGCGCAGACAAGGAGCUGAGCAUGGAGACCAAAAAGGACAAAUCUCUGCAGCAGAACCUCGUGGGAGAGGGCGUUUGGAGUGGCUCCACAGCACAGGAAUCCACCAGGGAGGAAAAGCCCCGGAGAUCCCUCACGAGGAGGGGCUGCAAACGCGGAUCAGGGGGAUUUGAGGAGAAAAGUCCCACCCUGUGCCAAGAAGGCAGUCAAAGAUCGAGCCAGAGCUCAGCGCUGGUGGUGCAUGAGCAGCUUCCUGAUGGGGAGAAGCCCCACAGAUGCUUGGAGUGUGAGAAGAGCUUCAGCCUGAGGUCCAGCCUGAUCCGCCACCAGAGGACCCACACUGGGGAACGACCCUACGAGUGUGGGGAAUGUGGGAAGAGUUUCAGCCAGAGGUCUGUCCUGAUCUGCCACCAGAGGAUCCACACUGGGGAACGACCCUACACAUGUGCGGAAUGUGGGAAGAGCUUCAGGAACAGCAACCAACUGGUCCAGCACAAGAGGAUCCACACUGGGGAGAGACCCUAUGAAUGUGGGGAAUGCGGAAAGAGGUUUCAGAACAGUGCCCACCUGCUCUGUCACCAGAUGAUCCACACUGGUGAGAGACCCUACCAGUGUGGGGAAUGUAGGAAGAGCUUCAAGACGAGCUCCGAACUAAUAAAGCACCAGAUGAUCCACAGUGGGGAGAGGCCCUACGAGUGUCGGGAAUGUGGGAAAUGCUUCAGACAGAGCUCUGCCCUGAGUGCCCACCAUAGGAUCCACACUGGAGAGAGGCCCUACGAGUGUGAUAAAUGCAGGAAGAGGUUUCAGACCAGCUCCGAUCUCCUUAGGCAUCAGCGGAUUCACACAGAGGAGAGGCCCUUCCGCUGCCCCGACUGUAGGAAGGGCUUCAAGCAAAACUCCACACUCAGCAGGCACCGGCGCAUCCACACUGGGGAGAGACCCUACGAGUGUGAUAAAUGCAGGAAGAGGUUUCAGACCAGCUCCAGUCUCCUCCUGCACCAGCGCACGCACACGGAGGAGAGGCCCUUCCGCUGCCCCGACUGCGGGAAGGGCUUCAAGCAAAACUCCACUCUCAUGAAGCACCGGCGCAUCCACACCGGGGAGAGACCCUACAAGUGUGAGGAAUGUGGGAUGAGCUUCAGAUGCAGCUCCAACCUGAUCUGCCACCAGAGGACCCACACUGGGGAACGGCCCUACGAGUGUGCAGAGUGUGGGAAGAGCUUCAGACAGAGGAAACACCUGAUCCAGCACCAGAACAUCCACACUGGGGAAAGGCCGUAUGAGUGUAGGGAAUGUGGGAAGGGCUUCAAGCACAGCGCCAACCUGAUUGUCCACCAAAAAAUCCACACUGGGGAGAAGCCCUAUGAGUGUUCCGAGUGUGGGAAGAGGUUUCCCACCAGCUCCCAUCUCCUCCUGCACCAGCAGAUUCACACAGAGGAGAGGCCCUUCCACUGCCCCGACUGUGGGAAGGGCUUCACACAGAACUGCACCCUCAUCAUCCACCGGCGCAUCCACACUGGGGAAAGGCCAUUCAAGUGUCCCCAGUGUGGGAAGAGCUUCUCCAGGAGCUCAAGCUUGACCAGACACCAACAUAGCCACCAGUAAGGGAAGGCCCUGCAAGUGCCCCUAGUGCAGGAAGAGCUUCAUGCGCUGCUCAGCUCCAUCCCCCCCACUGCAGGACUCAAGUUGGGCAGAGCCCUGGUGACCCACAUUCCUUAUAAUUCAUAGGAUGGGAAGACACCUGGGUGGUUAUCCUUUUGUUUUGGCCUUCAUUUUUUUCUCUUCUUCCUCUCUUUGCACUCAAGAAUCCAAGAGGGAUCAGUCUGUCACCUCAAAACUGCUCCAGUCCGACUGAGAACAACUCAUUUUUAACCCAAAAGGGCGCAAUCCCACCUCAAAGUGGCUUGUUCCCACCUCAGAAAAACUCAAUCCCACUCCAAAGUUACUCGAUUCCACAGCCACCAGGGUGAGAUGAGGUUGGAAGGAAAUUGGGAGAAGUGGGAUCCAAAUUUGGAGCAGUGGGAUUUGGAUUGUGUGGGGCUGAGUAGGUGGGAUGUGUUUUAAUAGCAAAUUAGACUUUGAGAGUUCUUCAUUUCUGUCCCAUUCAUUUUCAGUCAGUGUCAGUUCUGUUCUCACAGUGCCACCUUCUCAGCUGAUUGUGUUGGUGUCCUCCUUUCUCUCCUGCCUCUCUCUGCCUGCUCUCUUUGUCUCUUAGUGUCUCCCUUGAGCCAGGGCAGCUCCCACCCAAGACCCUGCCCUGAUUGAAUUCCCAAUGCAGGGGCUACAACCAGCAUGGAUGAAGUUCUGGGGGCUGGCAGUGAAAUGUCCCUGUAGGAUCUUGCUGCCUUUGGCUUUUGGCUCCUUCUUCAGAGCUUUGCCUUCAAGGGCAGGAAGAUCUUUUCCUUGCUGGGAACUGGAAUUCCAGAGCCUUGCAGUGUGUGCAUGCAGGAGCAUCCAGACUGGGAUCUUGCGGGCUGGGCUCACAUGGACUGGGAUCCUCCAGCCUGGGACUGCACAGAGCGGGAUCAUCUGGAUCAGGAGCAUCCAGACUGGGAUGAUGGGAUUGGGACCUUGUAGACUGAGAUUAUACAGACUGGGAUCGCAUGGACUGGGAUUUCACACGCAGGGACCAUCUGGAUCAGAACCACAGACUGGUAUUGGACAAACUAGGAUCAUAUGGCCUGGGAUGGCUGCACUGGAACGAUGCAAACUGAGGUGGUCCCACCCUGUCCAGAAAUUCCUCCCAGUCCUGCCUUUUGGCACAGCCAAAACACUCUGGAGCCAACGCAACAGUUCCGGAGCGAUCCUGGAGCCAAUCCCAGAGCAAUUCCAUGUUCCAUCCCCGUUCCGGUUCCAGCCUUGGUCUCAGUCUCAGUCCCGGAGCACUCCCGGUUUCAGUUUUGGUCCCUGUCCUGGUCUGAUUCUCAGUCUCGGAGCAGUCCCCAAGGACUCCUGGUGCUGAUUCCAGUCUCAGUGCCGAUUUCGAUCUCGGAGUGGUGCCAGUCCUGGUCUCAGUCUUGGUCCUGGAACGGUGCAAGUCUCGAUGUUGGUUCUGGGUUCAGUCCCGAUCUCAGUCUGGGUCUCGUUCUCAGUCUCGGAGCAAUCUCCCUCCCAGUCCCGGUGCUGUUGCAGUGCCAGUCUCAGUUCUGGUGUUGGUUCUGGGUGGUCUCAGUGCCGGUCCCAGAGCGGCACCACUCUCGAUCCCAGUCUCGGAUCCGGUGUCGGUCUCAGUCUUGGUGCUGGUGGCCUUUCUGGUGCUGAUGUUGGUCUCAGUC